AUGGGCCGAACCUUCACGCGCAUCAAUCUUGCAUCAACGGGCGACUUCCCUCCGCACAAAAACGACAAGAUCAAGGGAUGGGUGGAGCACAAUGGGGGUACAUUCUCCAAGGAGAUUGAUGGCAAUGUCACUCAUCUGGUAGCAAGCUCCAAAGCCUGGAAGAGCUAUAUUCCCAUGGUCCUCGUCAGCAGCACGAAGCCAUAA